GGAGAAUCGAGUCACUUGGGUUCGCGUUUACAAUGAUAUGACCAGCGACAAUUUGACAAUGCACUGGCACGGCUUGACUCAAGCUGUGGCUCCCUUCUCAGAUGGUACACCGCAGGCCAGCCAAUGGCCGAUCAUGCCAGGACAUUUCUUCGACUAUGAAAUGCGUCCCGAUGAAGGGUAUGCGGGGACGUACUACUAUCACUCUCACGUUGGUUUCCAAGCGGUCUCUGCAGGAGGCCCAAUCAUUGUUGAGGAGGCCGAAGGCGAAGCUUCUCCAUACAAUUACGAUGACGAACGGAUCUUGUUCUUAUCAGAGCACUACAACAAGACAGAUCACGACAUUGUUGAGGGCCUGACUUCGGAAGAAUUCACGUGGUCGGGUGAGACGGAAACGAUUCUGGUCAACGGACAGAGCUACCCGGCCCUCACUGCAGAAGAGGCCCAGACGACUCCGGUCAGUGCCUGGACCAGACCACCCGCUGACAUCAACCAGAAGUGUGGACCUGCCGUAAUCGACGUUGAGCCUGGAAAGACUUAUCGGUUCAGAACCAUUGGUGGUACAGCCUUGAGUCUGGUGACAUUUAGCUUCGAAACUCACGACAAGCUCACUGUCAUAUCCGCCGAUGGUACCACUACGCAACCAGCAAAGACGGACCACAUUCAGAUCGGACCCGGUCAGCGUUUCGACUUUCUCUUAGCCACCAAGUCGAGAUCUGAACUUGAGGAGCUUGGUAGGACGUGGUUCUGGAUCCAGCUACAGACCGCGGAUCGACCCACCAAUGUCACCUACUACGCAAUCUUGCAAUACAAAUACAAGUUAGUUAAGGGUUCGGACAAAGUCGUACCUGCAGCACGUCCGACGACAGCACCAUUGGCUAUACCCACCGAUCUCACGAAUUGGUUGGAAUACACAUUGUCACCAAAAGAGCCCAAUGGCUUCCCCUCCAAUGAUCAAGUCAGUCGCCGCGUCUUCCUGAGCAACGUGCAGAUCAAGGAGAACAACGAGGUAUGGUGGGCCAUCAACAAUCAUACCUGGACCGAGGAGGAUAUGGAACUUCACAACACCACCUACAACGACAAUAUGAAGACUGUCGGCACGCCUUAUCUCGUAGACAUCUAUCAGAAUGGACAAGCCGCGAUCCCCAACUACGAUUGGGCGGUCAAAGAGCAUGGCGGCUGGGAUCCCAGACUCAAUGUCUAUGUAGCACGACCUGGAGAAGUCAUCGACAUCAUCCUGCUCAACUCGCCGGACGCAGUCAAUCCUGGAUAUGACUCUCACCCUUGGCACAUCCACGGCGGUCACGUGUAUGAUAUUGGGAGCGGUGAUGGCUAUUACAGUCCUGAAGAACACCUUCGCAAGAUGGGUGACUGGCAGCCGGCGCUGAGAGACACGACAUAUCUCUACAAGUACCCGGGCCAUGAGGAUCUGAGCAGCUCGAAGCCUGGCCAGACAUACGGUUGGCGAGCAUGGAGGUUGAAGGUGUCAAUUUCAGGCGUCUGGAUGGUCCAUUGUCAUAUCUUACAGCACAUGAUCAUGGGUAUGCAGUCUGUCUGGGUUAUGGGCGACGCCGAUGAUAUUCGCAGCGUUGCGCAGCCAUAUGUCGCAGGGUAUCUGCAGUAUGGCGGCAGUGCGUACGGCAAUGAUACGUUUGAUCCGAUGGUCUAUCAUCACUUCGAUGAAGACGGCGAGGUUACAGCACGUCGAUUCCGAGGGUCGUCAUCGCAUACAAAGGAAUCGAAGUCUGAGACGUCGCAUAGCUGGAGAGGCUUUGGCAAACCAGGUCGAGGGUAGUCGAAUUUGCAUUCAUGUAUUUUGUCAUUGCAUGACGGUUUCGGCAUGAGCAAUCUAAUGUGUAAUUAUCUGCCGAUAACCAGUUUGAAAAUAUGCCGAAU